UAGAGAAGAUUUAGACGAACAAAUUUCAAGGAAGGAUAUUUACUGUAAAAAUUACAAAAGAGAAGAUUUACUGUAAAAAUUGCAAACCGAAAGAAAUUUACUGUAAAAAUUUAAAUUCAAGAUUAAAAAUUCCCAAAGAAGAUUUACUGUAAAAGUUUGGAGACAAGAUUUACAGUAAAAAUUUCAAGAGAAGACUUGAAGUAAACAUUUCAAGAGGAGAAGAUUUACAGUAAAAAUUCCCAGCGGGGAUUUCCAUCUACAGCAAAUAUUCUCAGAGAAAAUUUACAGUGUAAAAAUUUUAAGAGAAGAUUAACAGUAAAGGGACGAUUAAUUGUAAAAAUUUGCAGAACAGAUUUACAGUAAAAAUUUGCAGAGCAGAUUUACAGUAAAAAUUUGCAGAGCAGAUUUUCGGUAAAAAUUUGCAGAGAAAAUUUACAGUAAAAAUAUUCAGAGAAGAUUUAGAGGAAAAAUAAAAAGAAAAAAUUUGCAGAGAAGAAGAUUUGCAGAGAAUAUUAACAUUAAGUAAAUGGUGAAAAAUAGGAAAGAAAAAAUCAUUUCGCCCCAGAUGAGAAAUGGAGAGAAUUGAAUUGAAAAUAGUCGUGGACAAAUUGAGAAAAUGAUGUGUCGCGUGCAGGAAUGCGUUGAUUGUCUAAGUAAGCAAUGAGUGGGCAAGUGUAGUGCUUCGGAAACAUGAUCGGUCACCAGCACCAGCACAAGUACAAGCAAGUACUUUGGUGUGUUGAGAGUGUUUCGAGGAUCGGUGUUAUUGUCGAUUGGCACUAAAACAUCACUGAGGUUGCACUACAUCCUGCACAAUUCUACAUCGAUUAAACUGCAUUGCAUCCUAACACCUCCGGCAUCUGGUGGAAGUCCAUCUCUCGUCAUUUGUGAAUUUACUCGGUCAUCUGUUAAUUUACUUCCAGUGCUGAUGAAGUUACUCUUCAUCUAUAUAACAGUGAAUUGUGGUGUUUAUUGUGUAGAAAUUAACAUACAACGUUUAUAGUAACGUAAAAAGUAAUUUUUCUCGAAUCAAGUGUUUCAUGACCUCCACCCAAAAAAAAAAGUGUCCAAGUGUUUUUUUUAUUUUGCACUCAGCUGCAAAUAAAUAAAGUGAAAAUUUGUGCCUACAAUUGUCAAGCAUAAUUAGAAAUUAGAAUAGUUGUGCUAGUUCCUUGUGGAAAUUUUCCAAAUCCCUCAAAAGUGUUGUUUUGUGUCUCCCAGUUUUGUUUUUCUGCUUUUUUCUUUGAAACCUUGGAAUCAUUUGGAGAACGCAGGGCAAAACUGACAAGGUGAACGCGUCGUAAAGUUGCGCGCGGCAAAACGCUCAUCACAAUCCAAGAGGAAUCUCUUCUUUACCCACUCAAGAUUGCCUCACAGCAGAUUACCCGUGGGAAGUGUAGCAAGUGUGCGCCGGCAUCUGAAAACAUACACGCGUAGUUGGAGUUCGGAGCAUUGUCAUGGAGUGCCGAAAGGGUCGACGGAAAGGCAUUCUUAGUAGUUUGCUUUUCGCAUGGCUGUUAACCAGCGGUUGCACUGUCGCCGCGCGAAGCAUGGGUAAGCGAGAGUCUCUUUAUGGUCGAGCGAGUCUGGGAAAUGCAGGACACCGGUUCAAGGCGGCUAACAGUACGUAUUUCUUCAGCAACUCUGAAUAUUCCCGGACAUUACUUUUUCGCCGCGAGAGGUAUGACACAGCAUACGCUUGCGAGAGCAAAACACUGCGGAUAGAAUGCAAAGAGGGGGAGUUGAUACACCUCAUCAGGGCGAACUAUGGAAGGUUCUCCAUAACGAUAUGCAACGAACACGGGAACACUGACUGGAGUGUCAAUUGCAUGUCGCAAACUUCUUUUCGAGUUCUCUACAACAAGUGUAAUCAACAGCAGAAUUGCAGUAUCAUGGCAUCGACUUUACAGUUCGGAGAUCCGUGUCCUAACACCCUUAAAUACCUCGAGGCUCAUUAUCAAUGCGUUUCUGCAUCAACGACUACAACCACGUCACGUCCUAGUCCACCCUGGUUGUUAACGUCUCAGCCCAGUGUUUGGAGUACAGUUAAGGCAACAGUCCGAUCACCCUCGAGGAUUACAACACCAGCUGCUCAACAGCCUCCCCAACACUCAGUACCAUCCACCACCCCUUCAAUAACAACUCUACCGAGUCCCACGUCGACGAGACUCGGUAGUGAUGUAAAAGUCGACAAGAAUGAGGACCUGAUUCGUCCUGCCAGCGAUUUUGAAUCAGUCGAUUUGCCUGUCGAACAGGAAACAACGCAAGCAACGACAACGUCAAUGUUUGUCUCAAUGCGAACUAGUCGUAGGACAACUGUGCCCAGUACACAGUAUCCAGAAUCGAGCUCAAAUGGCCAGUGGUAUGAUUAUGGUCGACAAUUAUGCUUGCCAAGAGAGGCCAGAAAUUUGAUUUGGAAUACCACACGUGCUGGUGACAUGGCGGUACAAAAUUGUCCCGGUGGUGCAAAUGGCUAUGCACGUUGGAAUUGCGUUGCCAGAGGUGAUUCAGCUUCCUGGGAUCGUGACACUCCCGAUCUCAGUGAAUGUCGUUCAGUGUGGUUAACAUCAUUGGAGAACAGAAUCGCCGAGGGUGAUGUGAUACUUGGAAUUAGUCGUGACUUAUCACAAGUCACUAAUAACAGUCAAAUGUUGUACGGUGGCGAUAUGAAGAUAACAACAAAAAUCAUUCAAAAUAUGGCGAAAAAAUUAGCCGAGGAUAUUAAGACUUAUCAGGAUUCAAGUCAACGUGAAGUUAGUGUCACUGAAUUACUUCAGGGUGUUAUUAGAACGGGAAGUAAUCUUCUUGAUGAGGCGCAAUUGGCCUCGUGGCGUGAUCUCAGUGAAAAUGAUCAAAUGGCCGUAGCCACUUCACUUUUCAUUGGUCUCGAGGAGAAUGCAUUUCUUCUUGCCGAAACACUCACGCAUGAGAGGAAAAUUAUUCAGGAGGGCAAAAAUAUAUUGAUGGAGGUAAGAGUAUUGGAGACUCGAAAUAUCAAUAACAACGUGGAAGUAUUUCCCUCGAAAUCCACUCAACAAAAAUGGAACGCCUCAAUACAAUUGCCAAGGCGAGCGCUUAUUGAGAACAGUGAGGACGGUAUUGUACGACUUGUUUUCAUGGCAUUCGACAGACUCGAGGAAAUUUUACAGACUGUGGAGAAAGUGCCGACGGUCGUCAUGAGUGACGAUCAAAUACUUGCGAAACCAAAAGAAAAUCGAACGAGAAUUCUAAACAGUAAAGUAAUCUCAGCGUCGCUUGGCAAAGGGCGACACAUUGAAUUAUCAGAAUCGGUGAAAAUUUAUUUUCGACACUUGACAGUCGCCGAUAAUAUUUCAAAUCCAACUUGUGUCUUCUGGGACUAUACCUUCAAUGCGUGGUCUAAUGAAGGUUGCAAUGUUCUGGACACGAAUGCGACACACACUGUCUGUACGUGCAGGCAUUUGACAAAUUUUGCAAUUUUAAUGGACGUACACGCUGUUAAAUUGAAUCCGGAUCAAGAUCGGGCGCUGCAAAUAAUGACGUACAUUGGAUGUACAAUUUCAGUCGUCUGUCUUUUCCUCGCGAUUCUUACAUUUCAACUAUUUCGUGGAUUAAAGUCCGAUAGAACGACAAUUCACAAGAAUCUCUGCGUCUGUUUACUCGUCGCUGAGAUUCUCUUCGUCUGUGGAAUAGGACAAACGGAUCAGAGAAUCCUCUGCGGUAUUGUUGCAGGACUAUUGCAUUUCUUUUUCCUCUGCGCCUUUGCUUGGAUGUUCCUCGAAGGCUUUCAAUUGUACGUGAUGUUAAUUGAAGUUUUUGAAGCUGAAAAAUCGCGACUACGAUGGUACUAUCUAGUUGCUUAUGGCUUGCCAUUACUUAUUGUCGCCGUCUCUUGCAUAAUCGAUCCCCUCAGCUACGGCACUAAACAACAUUGUUGGCUCCGAACGGAUAACUAUUUCAUCUUCAGUUUUGUCGGACCAGUGAUCCUCGUUAUUCUGGCAAAUUUGGUAUUUCUUUCAAUGGCAAUUUAUAUGAUGUGUCGACACGCGAACACCACUGUUUCUAUGAAGAGUAAAGAACAUUCUCGCCUCGCCAGUGCAAGUGGAAAGGAGGAGAAUGCUCUUCCCAACAAAUUGCAAGCGCACUUGGCCUGGCUACGAGGAGCAGUUGUCUUGGUGUUCCUUUUAGGACUCACCUGGACAUUCGGACUACUUUAUCUCAAUGAAAGUACCAUUGUGAUGGCGUACAUCUUCACUAUUCUUAAUAGCCUUCAAGGAUUGUUUAUCUUCUUAUUCCACUGUGUACAGAAUGAAAAAGUGAAGAAGGAAUAUCGAAAAUUCAUCCGAAGACAUUCAUGGUUACCAAAGUGUUUGAGGUGUUCGAAAACGGUCACCGGAAGUUCGGGUGGUUCAUCAGGCACGAGUGGAGUUGGCGCCGGGGCAAAUGGAGGCAAGGAUUUUGGUUCGCACAAUACAUCAUCGAAUCCAUCGGCACCAACGACGGAUAGUUCGGGAUUAUCGCCGCACGCGGCUUCCAAUUACUUGGUGCCCGGACGAGGUUGGCCAAAUGCUGAUAGGCAAGCAGCAGUCACAGUGCCACACGAAAGUUCAACAUCUGAAAAUCAUGUUGUGGCGACGCUGCCCCACGCCCGUAACGCCUUCUUUCCUUCAGCUCCCAAUAUCCCAAAAUCUGCCACUGCCACCUGGGGACCCCUUAACAAAAACCUCAUGUGGAAGAACAUUUCUUUUAAAUCAUACUCCCGUGACUCUGGACAUGGAGGAUCGGAGCAAGAGGAAUCGCCACGAACUCACGGCUCGAUGACCUUGCAGGGCUACUCAGGAAGAACGCGCGACCGACGAACAGCUGGCGAUGAACUCGGCAACCGAACAACCGGACGACGAGCAGCAUCCCCCUACAAUCACACAUACACGGAAAUUCGCGAUGGACGCGGCGGCGGCGGUGGUGGUGGUGGUGGUGGCGGCGGUGGUGGUCAUCAUCAAAUUCAUGGCCAUCAUCACGGCCAGCAUAUGCUGCUCGCACGAGGACUUGUGGGCGAGGACGAUCCCGUCUACGAGGAAAUUGAACGCGGCGGUGAAAUUCAAGUGUCCGACAUGUCCGACGAGGACGGCAGACGGCAGAGUGACAUGAGUCGGCAAUCGUCGCGCAGCUACGGCGAUCAUAGGCCAUUGAUUCCCUAUUCGCCGGCAAAUGAUCGUAAUAAUUUGAAUCAUUACGGUCAGACUGGUGGUGGUGGUGGUGGCGGCGAUCGAAAUGUCGCUCAUUACGAUCCAUCCGAGUACAGUCCAGCUCAGGAGAGAUCGUUAAAUGCAUGCUGGGAGAAAUUGCGUCGACAGCAAGCGAGGUACGAAUUGGGCGAAUUACCCCGACUUCCCGGUACCUAUGGAAUCUCCCCCCAAGAUCACACGAGGACAGUCGCUGUCCUCGAUGGGCACACUGUCGUCUGUCAUCUACAACCGCAAACCGACAUGUACACGGGACGCGGAAUUCCCCCACCAUCCUACAGCGAAUGCUAGGGAAAUAAUCACUAACAAAAUAAUAAUUCUCCUGUGAAAAACAAAAAAAAAUAUUUCUAUUCUAUUUGCUGAAUUUUCGGAUUUCACUCGCUAAACAAAAUGUGGGGCGAAAUAAUUCUCCAGAAAAAAUACAACUCGCUGGAUAAUUUAUUCUUUUCUCUAUUUCCAAUUCUUCUCAAUUCUCAAAAUUCAAAGUGCUUCGAAAUUAAAAAUUCUUUCUUUCAAAGAAGGAAGAAAAUAAAAAUU